AUCCCACUCUCCAGCUCUCACUUAUCUAGCAUCCCGUUGAAGACCCGAGUUAGACCUAAUUAACCUCCAUGGAGGAUCUUCUGCUUCAUUGCUCUGCUCCCCGAUCGCCUGUGACCUUCCUGGAGCGAGCUGCCGAUGUUUAUGGCGAUCAGGUUUCCAUCGUUUAUGGCACCCUUUGCUUCUCCUGGAGAGAAACUCAUCAAAGAUGUCUCAGACUUGCUUCUGCUUUGGCUCAGCUGGAGAAUAUUUCUCGGGGUGAUAUUGUUGCAGCUUUGGCGCCAAAUAUUCCAGCAUUAUAUGAGCUACAUUUUGCUGUUCCAAUGGCUGGUGCAGUUCUCUCUGCACUUAACGUUAGGUUGGAUGCAACUACUUUGGCAGCAAUACUGGAAAAACUGGAGGCCAAAUUUAUUUUUGUUGAUUAUCAAUUUGUCCACGUUGUUCACAAAGCACUUGAAAUACUAUCACCAAAGCAGGGCAAGCAACCUCUCCUCGUGUUAAUCCAAGAAUAUGACCAGGAAGCAGCUCCAGUAGCAGACGAGUUCUGCCCUGUUAGUAUCAAGUAUAAUGAUCUUCUUGGAAUGGGAAGGACAGAUUUUGAAAUAGUGAAACCAAACGAUGAAGGUGAUCCAAUUUCAGUUAAUUUUACCUCGGGCUCAACGGGAGAACCAAAAGGAGUAUUAUACAGCCAUGGAGCUGCCUAUCUCAAUUCAUUAGCAUCAAUUCUUCGGUAUGACAUGGGGGUUGCCCCAGUGUUUUUAUGGACAGUGGACAUGUUCCGGUGCAACGGAUGGUGUUGCACUUGGGCCAUGGCUGCUCUCGGUGGCAUCAGCAUCUGCAUAAGAAAUGUCUCAGCAAAAGUCAUAUUCGAUUCCAUUCUUCGUUACAGUGUAACUCACUUGUGCGGUGCACCUGCUGUUUUGAAUAUGAUCGCGGAUGCACCAUCCCGCGAGCAAAGGCCGCUUCCUUGUAAGGUUCAUGUCAUCAUCGCUGGUGUAUUGCCAAUGACCCAAGUGCUCAAGGUUGAAGGAUUAGGAUUUACUGUUAGCUAUGCGUAUGGAAUGACGGAGGUCCUCGGCCCUGCAAUCGUCAGGCCAUGGAGACCUGAACGGGAUUCUUGUCUCUCCAAUGAACAUAGAAAGGAUAAGUUCCACGAAGCACUUCGUAGACUUCUGAUUGAAGAGAUUGAUGUGAAAGAUCCGGACACGAUGAAGAGCGUGCCACGCGAUGGAAAAACAAUUGGGGAGGUAAUGUUCAGAGGCAACACGUUGAUGUCCGGGUACCUUAAAAAUCCUAAAGCAACUCAAGAAGCAUUUAAGGAAGGAUGGUACAGGACCAGGGACCUCGGGCUUAUCCAUCCGAAUGGUGCCAUACAACUUAAGGACCGCGCAAAGGAUAUUAUAGUUUCAGGGGGAGAGAUUGUAAGCACGUUGGAGGUGGAGGCAGUGCUGUUAAGCCACCCCAAGCUCCUGGAGGCCGCAGUGGUUGGAAAGCAUGAUGAUUGUUUGAAAGAGAAGCCCUGUGCUUUUGUGAGAUUGAAGGAAGGGAACGGUGCAAGCUGUGAAGAGAUUGUCAAAUUUUGUGAGGAACAACUACCAAAUUCCAUGGUUCCUCGCACUGUAGUUUUUGGGGAAUUACCAGUCAAUUCGACUGGCAAGGUGCAAAAAUUUACUCUAAGGGAGAAGGCUAAUACCAUCCACAGUAUCAUGAGCCAACCUUGUGCAGAACCAUGAGAGGAUAGAAUUUUUUAAGAGUUUAAGUCUUUUGUACUUCUAAGAGAGAUGUUUCCCUUUUUAAACAUUGUAAUGAUAUUUGGUGAUAUUUGUAGAAAUUCUUGUUAAGUUU